AUGGCAACCGAAUUACAAGGCGACGACUGGGACCUACCUUGUUCAGAUGACGAAUUAUCAAAAAGCGGUGUAUUUAUUGGAAAAAAUUGGAUGCCUGACCCAGCAGAACUUGAAGAGCUUUACAAGAGUAUUGAUAAAAGUGGCACCUUAAGCUUAGAGUGGAAGUGUCCUGGGAGACGACAGCCCUCACCAGUGCCGGUUAGCAAAGAAAACCAGCCAGAAAUACCACAGUCCCCGAUAAGAGAAGAGAAAUCAGACUUCGAUUUUAUGGACGAAGUUAGUUCAUUACGGCUUCGUGUGCGGAGGGAGGGAGAAGAUACACUGAGAGGCUCCGCAAAGAAAAAGACGACUUCAUUUGAUGGGAUUUUAUCCAACAUGAUCAGACACAAAAGGAUUGAGCAAAUGGAAAAGCAAGCAAAUACUUCGCCUGCACCACCAUCAUCAAAUGCCAGCUGA